CAGCUGAUAGGACUAAUAUAGCAACAAAUAAAAAAACUUGUACCAGUUCACAUCGAGUGAAAGUGUGCUAGCUUUAUCAUAAACACAAUGGAUAAGAACAAGGUUCUAGUGAUAUACUCUUUCUUAUUCUGCUUCAUGCCCUUGUUAUCUAGCCAGAAUUAUAUCACUGUGACUCAGAAUCAAUCUAUCCAAGAUGAUGAGACCCUGGUUUCAGCAGAGGGAACUUUCGAAGCAGGAUUCUUCGGCCUUGGAAAUUCACAACGCCAAUACUUUGGUAUAUGGUACAAGAGCAUAUCACCAAGGACAAUUGUGUGGGUAGCUAACAGAGAUGCCCCAGUUCAAAAUUCAACAGCAACAAUAAAGCUCACUGAUAAAGGAAACCUCCUCAUCCUUGAUGGCUCAAAGGGUAUAAUCUGGUCCUCCAAUGGAUCAAGAGCUGCAGAGAAACCUUACAUGCAACUUUUAGACUCGGGAAACCUUGUUGUGAAAGAUGGAGGCAAGAGGAAGAAGAACCUUAUAUGGGAAAGCUUUGAUUAUCCAGGUGACACUUUGCUUGCAGGAAUGAAGAUUAAGAGCAAUUUAGUGAAGGGGCCUACCAGUUAUCUAACAUCUUGGAGAAAUACAGAAGACCCUGCUAGUGGUGAGUUUUCAUAUCUCAUAGAUACUCGUGGCUUUCCUCAACUAGUUAUUACAAGGAAUGCAACUGCAUAUUACAGAGCAGGCCCAUGGACUGGCAAAUUGUUUUCAGGAUCUUCUUGGCUAAGACUGCGGAAAAUCUUGACAUUCUCUAUGCAGUUCACUAGCCAGGAAAUUUCUUUAGAAUAUGAAACCGCGAACCGUUCGAUUAUUACGAGAGCAGUGAUCAACCCAUCUGGUACCACACAACGUUUGUUGUGGUCAGAUAGGAGUCAAAGUUGGGAGAUUAUAUCUACUCACCCCACGGACCAAUGUACAUAUUAUGGCCUUUGUGGUGCUAAUUCCAUGUGUGAUAUUUCUAACAAUCCCAUAUGUCAUUGCUUGGAAGGUUUCAGGCCCAAAUUUCAAGCAAAAUGGAAUUCAUUUGACUGGCCUGGAGGGUGUGUUCCAAUGAAAAAUUUAAGUUGUCAGAAUGGAGAUGGCUUUCUGAAGCACACAGGAGUGAAGUUGCCAGACACAUCUUCUUCCUGGUAUGGCAAGAACAAGAGCCUUGAUGAGUGUGGGACGUUAUGUUUGCAAAACUGCUCUUGCACAUCAUAUGCAUAUUUAGAUAAUGAUAUUGGUGGUAGUGCCUGCUUGAUUUGGUUUGGUGACAUUCUGGAUUUGAGUAUACACCCUAACCCUGACCAAGGACAAGAGAUAUACAUAAAGGUGGUUGCUUCGGAGUUAGAUCAUAGAAGAAAUAAGAAGAGCUUCAUGACUAAGAAGCUUGCAGGGAGUCUGGCAGGAAUUGUUGCAUUAGUUAUAUGCAUAAUAAUCCUUGGAUUGGCUACAUCCACAUGUAUACAGAGGAAGAAGAAUGAGAGAGGGGAUGGAGGAACUAUGAAUCACUGGAAGGACAAGAGAGAGGAUGAAGACAUUGAUCUGGGUACAAUAUUUGAUUUUUCAAUCAUCUCUAGUGUCACAGAUCACUUUUCAGAAAGUAACAAAUUAGGGGAGGGUGGCUUUGGACCAGUCUACAAGGGCAUAUUAGCAAAUGGGCAGGAGAUUGCUGUCAAGAGGCUUUCUAAUGCUUCGGGACAAGGAAUGGAGGAGUUCAAAAAUGAAGUCAAGUUGAUUGCAAGACUUCAGCACCGCAAUCUCGUAAAACUUUUUGGUUGUUCUAUUCAUCAAGAUGAGAAGUUGUUGAUCUAUGAAUUCAUGCACAAUAGAAGCUUGGAUUACUUUAUUUUUGAUUCAACACGAAGUAAACUACUAGAUUGGAAUAAGCGCCUGCAAAUCAUUGAUGGGAUUGCUCGAGGGCUUCUCUAUCUUCACCAAGACUCAAGACUAAGAAUCAUCCAUAGAGAUCUGAAAACUAGUAACAUUCUUCUUGAUAAUGAAAUGAACCCAAAGAUAUCAGAUUUUGGUUUGGCUAGAAUUUUUAUAGGAGAUCAAGUUGAGGCUAGAACAAAGAGAGUGAUGGGAACAUAUGGCUAUAUGCCUCCUGAGUAUGCGGUACAUGGAUCUUUUUCUAUCAAAUCUGAUGUUUUUAGCUUUGGUGUAAUCGUACUUGAGAUAAUUAGUGGGAAGAAGAUUAGGAAAUUUUAUGAUCCUCACCAUCAUCUUAAUCUUCUCAGUCAUGCAUGGAGACUAUGGAUUGAAGGAAGUCCAUUAGAGCUAGUAGACAAGUUAUUCGAAGAUUCAAUCAUCCCAACCGAAAUAUUGCGAUAUAUUCAUGUAGCUCUAUUGUGUGUACAACGGAGACCAGAAACUAGGCCUGACAUGUUAUCUAUAGUUUUAAUGUUGAAUGGUGAGAAAGAACUCCCUAAGCCAAGCCUGCCUGCAUUCUACACGGGAAAGCAUGAUCCAAUUUUGUUGGAAUCUCCUUCAAGAAGGUGUUCAACUUCUGUUACCAUCUCAUUAGAAGCUAGAUAG